ACCGAUCAGAGGGCUCCAUCAGUUUUCGAUUCCUCUCCGGGACAAUUGCCGCCGCCUUCUGCAAUGCAGCUGGCUAAUGAGAUCGAGGAACUUCGCAAGGACUUAUACCUCUUGACUGGAGAGACAGACAAUAGGAACUUUCUUGAUAUACUCGGCGCAAUUUAUGGAAAGUGUGACCGUCGACGAAUCCACCUUGUCUCAAAUCUCUUCAUCUCUGCUGCCGAUGGUGCAUUCAGACUAGGCAGAGAGGAUGUGGAAGACGACGUUCAGGGACUUUCGCUGUCUACAGAGAUUCCCGGCCCAGACGUAUCAUCAUCUGCUGGCAAAAUCGAGCUCUCCAGCGCAAUAGUUUGUCAGAUAGACAAGCUCCGAAGUGACAUUGUGCGUAUUUAUGGCGGCGAGAGCAAAGGCGAUCAGAACUUGGAGAAGCUUCGUUAUUUCCUCGCGCAGUUUGAGGAGAGCCAUCGGCUCCCACUCCUUGAGGUUUUCGAGUCCUUUAUUCUGGGAGUGACUAGGAUUCGGAUCAGAGUAUUUGGCAACAGUACAUUGAUUGCUCCUCCGCUCACGAAUGGCGAGACAAAUGGUGUUGAAAACAGAAAUUGGGGGCGCUGGUUGGAACAAACUCGAUUGCUCGGGACUUUCCAGAAAUUGUACUGGAUGUUAAUGGCCAACCGGAUAACUGUCAUUGGCUUGCAGAGAAAAGAAGCACAUCGAGCACAAACUGAACAACGCCUUCGUGAAUCGAACCAUCAGGCAAUGCAGAGGCUUAGAGCGGUGGAAAAUGCCCUUGGGACAGCGAACAGGAAUAUCCAGAUUCACCAAGAAAGGGAAAGGCUGCUGUGGGGACACAUCGACAAGUGGGAUGACGAAUUUGAUCGCGUGGAUACUGAGAGAAAUCUGAAACCUUUUCCGCAAAACGUCAAUGAUUGGCUUAGUGAACACAGCCUUCCGAAGACGGCUGAGGUUUCGCAAAUGCAUGAGGAAUCCGAAUUGCUCGACCGCAGAACCAGGGAUAUUAUGCAUCGAGGCAGACAACUUGAUGAGAAGUACGACCGGCACAUGGCUCAUCUCGAUGCGCAUAUUGAAAGACUUCGGAGUGAUCUCGCAGAGAGUCCUUCAGAAAGCGUUGCCAGAAAUGGAAAUCGCUGGUCGAAUAGAUUUACAACGGCAGCUUUUGGCUUGACAAAUGGGCGUUCAUCUGCUUCUAACGGCCAUUCCGGAUCUCGCUUUGCUACCUUGAUCCCAUCAACUGGCAAUCCAUCGAGCAACCCCGGGAAUGGGAACGGGGCUUCUCCUCGAAACCGCCUCCCUUUCCCCCAGAAUAUCCGAUCAAGCUCAAGCUACUCUAGUCCGUAUAACCGUAACGGUCAAUCUAACUUGCAAAGUAGCCAGUCAAACCCGCAGAAUGGUCGAUCUAGCUCACAAAAUGGUCAAUCCAGCGAGCAGAAUCGACUGGGCAGCUCUCCUCAAAACGGCCAUUCUUCUUGAUUCUUUCUCAGAAAAAAAAUCUUGUCGAUCGACAAUUUUGCAUUGACCACACAUUGAGGUGCAUUGGUGGCUUUCAUGAAGUGAGCGGCUCUGGGGCCGAUCAUUCUUCAGGGAUUCAAUCUGAUAUUGAACAUAAAUUCUGCUGUUUUCGCGUCGACAUAAGUGACGUCAACUUGCAUUAUUCUAUUUGAAAGUGCUUGAUUGAUGGAGGUUACGGUUAUCCAGUGC